CGCCCGCCUCCCUUCCAACGCCCCGCCUCCGCGCGCCCGUUUUUCUGUGCCCCCUCGUCCCCACCACGGUGAAGCUCUGCUGGGACGUGUGCGGCUCCUAAGCCACCUGACAGCCGACGACCACUUCAGCACCAGGACCCUCUGGUUUGGGACUCUGACAUGGCGUCCAUCAAGAAGGUUGCUUUCUCCGUGCUCAGCCGGGAGCAGUCAGAAGGGGUUGGAGCGCGUGUUCGCAGAAGCAUUGGCCGACCCGAGUUAAAAAAUCUGGAUCCAUUUCUGUUGUUGGACGAGUUUAAAGGUGGUAGACCAGGUGGAUUUCCUGAUCACCCACAUCGAGGAUUUGAAACAGUCUCUUACCUCUUGGACGGGGGCAGCAUGGCCCAUGAAGACUUCUGCGGACACUUCGGUCAGAUGAACCCAGGAGACCUGCAGUGGAUGACGGCAGGCCGGGGCAUCCUGCAUGCCGAGAUGCCUUGCUCCGAGGAGCCGGCCCAUGGCCUGCAGCUCUGGGUGAAUCUGCGCAGCUCCGAGAAGAUGGUGGAGCCACAGUACCAGGAGCUGAAAAGUACCGAAAUCCCCAAGCCCAGUCAGAAUGGAGUGACCGUCGCUGUCAUUUCCGGAGAAGCGCUGGGGGUGCAGUCCAAGGUUUACACACGCACACCAACCUUGUAUUUGGACUUCAAAUUGGACCAAGGAGCAAAGCAUUCCCAGCCGAUUCCUCAAGGGUGGACAAGUUUCAUUUAUACCUUAUCUGGAAAUGUGCACAUUGGACCUGACCAGGCACAGCAGAAAAUAGAACCUCAUCACACAGCCGUGCUGGGAGAAGGUAGCACUGUCCAAGUAGAAAAUAAGGAUCCUGAGAUAAGCCACUUCGUACUCAUUGCUGGGGAGCCAAUAAAAGAACCAGUUGUCCAACAUGGUCCAUUUGUGAUGAACACCAAUGAGGAGAUUUCUCAGGCUAUUCUUGAUUUCAGAAAUGCCAAAAAUGGGUUUGAACGAGCCAGAACCUGGAAAUCAAAGAUCGGAAACCAGUGAAAGGCACAGGAGCAGGUGUCUCUCCCUGGAGGAACUUGGCGAUUGACAGCAUUCAGUAUGCUAACACAUCCCCUUUCCCAUGCUGAUCUAGUUAUGCUUUCAAAGUAAUAGCUGUUGUUUUUUUCUAUAAUAAUGUGCAUGAGGUAUUGCCAGGCACGAGAAAAUAAACAAAUGACUGCUUCUUUAAAAACCAGUGCUCUUCAUUUUGGCCUAAGUCACUAAAUCGCUGUUGGGAAAAUCAUUUUGUGUGCACUAGUCUUUUCAGAGGUAUAUGGGUGCUUUCUAUGUCUUUGUGCAAGCAUGAGAGUUUGCUUUUUUUUUUUAAGAAACAAAUCAGCUGUUUUCUGCUCUCACUACCAUCUGAGGUCUCUUCCUAGUCCAGGUUCCGUGGGUUUCACAUUACAGGUUAUCUGCAUGAAAAUAACAGCAGUCCCCAGAGCUUGAGUCAGUUUCUCAAACUGCCCUGCUAUUGGUAGGGACACACAGGAUCACAGCCAAGACUUCCUUGCAUUUCCUGCCAGAAUCUGUGUCUGAUUUAAGACACAUGCUUCUGCAAGCUUCCAUGCGGUAGUGAAGUUGGAAUCCAGAAUUGGGGUCCGGCCUUUUGUGACUGCAAACACUGGUGGCCACACCACUUCCUUCCAAAGCAACUCCAACCUGGGGCGUAGGCUGCAGAGAUUUUUUUGUCAUUGGUUGGAUAGGAAAUGAAUUUAGAGUGCUUUCUCAUUUCAAGGGGAAGACAUGUCCACCUCCUGAUCACGUUCGGAGCAGGAGAACAUUACUUGUUUUUAUUUUUUCUCAUCUGUCUUCCUCCACCCCAUGAGAUUGUGCAAAAAUCUACCUUGACUAAUUGAAGUUGUUUCAUUGGAUUUUGAUCACAACCGAUUAUUUGUUUUUUCCAUGUGAAGUCUUGGGGUUUCGAACUUUCCUUCUGGAGAAUGCCUUUUGAAACAGUUUUCUCUAGCUGCCUGAUGUCAACAGCUUGGUAAUCAGUGGCUUUUAAAACAUUCAAAAUGUACAGACAGUGGGCCGUGGUGAAUAUUUUCAUGAUGUCUUAUCUGCAGUUGGUACAAGGCUCCAGUUAUGACCACGGACCAGUGAAGGUAGGUGAGCCCAUUUUUUAUUGCAGUGUGGAUUCCUUUUUAACUGGCUUAUGCAGAGGACUAAAUUCCUCUGCCCCCACAAUCUCUGAGACCCUAUGAAAAUGCAAAACUCUUUUCAUUGUGGGCAGCCUCUAGCCCGCAUUUGUUAACACUCUUCUGUUUUUUUAGGCUUAGUGGGGUGGGGGGGGUCUUUUUGAGAUGUAACAGAACAUGAGUAGUCUGGAAGCUUUUCAGAUGAGGGGAGUUUCUCCUCUGCUGCAUAUGCAACGAGCACAAUGAUUUCUAAUGAAGCCCCUGUUUCGUCCUUCAGACACAGCUAACAUUGUGGGCCAUUUAUUUUCAGGUUGGUUGAGUUGAGAGCAGACAACAUUAGCUUACUUGGUUUAGAUCAUUCCCGCUCUAAUCGGAGAGCUUUCUGCAGGCGUUUUUGCUCUGGUCCGAGUUCCUCUUUGCCACCAUAUGCAAAAAUGUUUCCUCAGGAGUCACUUUUAUUUGUUGUUAUAUGAAUCUUGUCAGGUUCAGCAGUAAAAUCAGUGUGUCUAGGAGCAAUUGUCUCAAGAUCUGUGAGUUGAGAAUAGUGCAAAAGAAUGAGCUAGGACACGUUGACUAAUUUUUUCCCCCAGCUCUAGGUAUUUCAUAGGUAAUGUUUUCUUCAGCUUUUUAUUUUGAAAAUGAUUCUGAUAGAAUUGUUUUGACUGAGGUAGUACAAAACUGUUAUUGAUUUAGAAGUUUCUGGCUGUGAACAGUCAAAUGUGGGUGUGAAUUUUUGUAAACUCUUGGGAUAUGUGUUUUCAACCGGGGUAAUUGCACCCCCAACAGGGGAAAAUUAGUCCUUGUGGGUAAAAAGCUUUCGUUUUGUUAUGGCCACAGUAUAUAACAAGAGAUAUACAUAUCAGGGAAACAGUACUUGAGGAACGCUCCUGUACUAAAACUUCAUGGGGAAAAUAUCUUGCAAAAGGCUGAAGAAGGUGGAGUAAUCAACUUGUCUUGCAGUCAGCACCCUAAGAUUCUAAAUUCCAAAUAUGCCUGGAAUAACCACAGUUCUGGGCUCCGGGACAUUGCCACCAGCCUAGGUGUUGGAUCAUUGUGCACUCAAAACGUAGGUGACAGGAGUUGAAAUCAGACUUGCUGGAAACACCCAAGACUUUUCAGGGUGUGUAGGCUUUCCUGAAAAUUUGUAGGUCUCGGGAAUCCUUUAAAUGAACUUUGUUCAUAGAGUAUUUUUUUAAUCCCAGGACUUUUUUCCUGCAUGGAGUUUUAAAUGUUUUCCAUAUCAUUUUGAAAGCGCUAGUUGAUGUGUUGAUACAAGAGCAGACUCUGAUAUAUUGGAACUAAGUUACAUUCAUGCAGUGCAUCAGUUCUCUUAAAGAGCACGGACACGGAGAACUCUUAGGUGUCCUGGGCACAGUGAGGUUGGAUAUAUUUUCAUUUGGGACCAUGGGGUGCCUAUUUUGCAUGUAGGAGUUCAAUCCCCUGGCAGCACAUGGCCCACACACCAUUGGAAGUGAGCCCCAGGCAUUGCAAACAUGUCUUUCAACAUGGAAGCAGUGACAUUAUGUACUUAAUAAUACUAUCAGCAUUUGACUUUGUAUGUGAAGUUCCUUUAAUUUUGUAAUAAAAUUGUAUUUAUUACUUAUAA